CAUUCAUUCUUGGUCAAAAUCCAAAUACACCCUGACCUUGCGUAUGGAAUGAUCCCUUGUUCUCUUUCACUACUUGAUAAGUGCCAAAUCCGAGCUCAGCUGCCGCAAAAAAUGACCAAGAAAGCACCGUACGUCGAAGAGUGUGCUGAUGACGAUGCUCAUGAUGUCGGAAAUAUUGAUGCAAAAUUUACUACCCAACUGGCCCGAAAGAGCGCUAAUUUUGCAUCAAAUCCACUUAGGACUAUCCAUCAUACGACUUCAAGCAAUCAAACACAUCACACCAAGCAACCUAAGAUAUCUCGCAAUAGACAUGGCUCUUCCUCUAAUGGGAAGGUACCAGUUCUAGUGAAUAUUGAUAUAAAAGGCUACAAAGCUGGAGGCGAAAGAAACGGAAAUAGAAAUGGCUUUCAGAAAACAAAUAAGAAAACAAGGAAUUACAAACUGGAAGACGACAGAAAACCCAAGCAUCAUGCGCUGACAGUCGAGAAGCCUGCAUCGGAGAUGAAGGUCCCAGACACGAAGACAAGUCAUGCAAAACCCAAAACACUCCACGUCCAUCAAACCUCAGUCCAUUCAGAAAUAUCUAGCCGUGGAAAAUACCACGAGGAUAAGGACUACCCUACGCAGUUUGUACAACACAGCGGAAAUCAUUCACACAUCGACAGCUCUCCUACACAAUCGCAGCAGCCGCUAUUUUCGCCUUUAGCAGCUAAUGGUAGCUGUAAUUACCAAAGCUAUCCAGAAAUACCCCCUUCAAACCCGAGUCGAGGAUUCGCUUUGAGUGCUCCUAACAACGUGGCUAUUGGCGACAGGAAUAUCGAGUCAUCAUCAAGAAAUUGGGUAGCAGCUGAUGAAAAUCCCGCUCUUCUGAAUUUUAACCAUCAGCUGCAUGGUGACUCUCGCUCAUCCUAUGCAUCUCAUGGUUGGGACUAUCCCGAUAAUAGAUACUAUUAUGAAAGACUUAAUCAUCCAAGUUCUCUUGAAGUCUCUACUACUGUCGGCUUGCCGUUAUACUCUACACAACAUCAUGCGCAGUAUCCAAAUACCCCCCAAAUUUGGCCUAAUUAUACAUAUAUGCAGCAAACGCAAUACACUAAUCCUGUGCCACAUGCAGUUGAUGAGUCAACCCUUGCACCAAUAUCGCAUUCAGUAGCUCACGAAUAUCCCAUUCCACCUGCCGACAACGGAUACAGAAACACAUGGCAACAGUCUUACGGGCUUGGAAGACAGUUGCAUCCGUAUUAUCCUGGCCAGAACCCAUAUUAUAUGCCAUCUCGAAUAACAAAUUUCUCAAGAUACUUCCAAGCAGCUGAAAAGCAUGGCGAGAAACAUGACGAAAUUGGGGGACGCCCUCAACAUCCGCAACACAGACGUUCUCAGUCCAAUGUAUCACCCAUUUCUGGAAAAAUAUCUUCUAGUAAGACGGCAAGGCAGGUGGAUUCAGUCAGGGCAGGGAAAUCCGAACUGAAGGCUAAGCCUCACGUUUUGAUUAAACAAGGUUCCCCCAGCUUUUCGAGAACUGAUGUUCAUGUACCCAAGAGAGUUGUGCAGGAGCAUAAACGCAGACCAGAACCUGCUAAAAUCAAACCUAAGGAUAAAGAUUGGUACGGUAAUGAUGAUCAGGGGAAGGUGGCUGAUACUCAUAACCUAGACUAUAAUCCCCAGAGAGACGUCAUUCCUCGAAAGCCGAGACACCAAUAUUCUGGUUUGGAUAAAAUUAAAGGUGGAAAAGAAGAAGUACUCCAAAGUGUCUCUGCAAAGCCCCAACCUCUCACAGUUGACGCGUUGGACGAAUUGAAUAGAACUCAUGGUGAUGAGACCGAUAUCAAAGGCCAGGACGUAUGCCGUGCAAAUAGCAGUUUAAGCGACAAGUUACAAGCGGAGAAGGACACUUUCGAUCAACGAAAUGAUAUGGCGGGAAAGCUCUCAGAAGGUUUUUAUACGGCAAGUUCGCAAAACUCCUCAUCGUCCAUCGUCAACAAAAGCAUAAGUGCUCAAACAACAGAAACUUAUCAGCAAAUAGAAUUGAGCAUUAAAUCUGCAUCUUUAAUCGAUUCUAGCGACGAUUCUCCGUGCUCAACUUCUGACAAGGCUAAAGAUGUUCCUAUAGGCCAGUGGGAGGAUAUUCUUCUGUUGACAUCGGAGUCUUUGUAGGUAGUAUAUGGAAGCUAAUCAGUCACUCCGGUAAGUACCACUAGACUCGGAUGUCAAAUUAGUUUGGAAACUAGUCUGGGGAUUAUACACUAACGACAGGAUGAGACUUGACAGGAACUUUCUUUUUUCAGAUAUUGGUACACUCAUAUAACAAUAGUUUGAAUAUAGUAUUACGAUUUUCUUCCCCAAGGACGCUAACGGAAUGGGUAGAAGGAUAUUUAUGUCCCCUCUUGUAUCAGAGGUAUAGCA